AUGCUGAAAAGAACGUUAACUGUUUUAGAUCAAACAUAUGGGCCACACAAGUCGUACAAGUAUACGUACAUGCCGGAUCCACGCAAGUUGGCACCAAUAGAAACCACACAGCGAUCGGAAAUUGUUCCACAGUCCAUACGUCCUCCUACAUCUUAUGUACCAAACCACGAGACAUUUCUAGAAAGAGCUGAUAUACACCGUUUGAGGCCCACGAGUGACUUCAAGGCAUCGUUUAAGGACUGGAAUGAUUUAUUUACUUGCGACAAACGACAACUACGUGUAAGGGGAAUCCCACGGAUGACUCGAGACGCUAUUCGAACGGCUGUUCAGGCGUUUCAGAAUGGAAAUCCACCUGAGAGAUUUGAUACGAAAGAAGAGUGGUUAUACUAUAAGCAAUUCAAAACAGUUGAUUACAGUUAUCGCGUUAUACCGGAGCUUCCUGAGAAGUAUCGACCACAUCAGAGUGGUAUUGACCAGGCACCGUUGCCCGAUUAUCGGGAAAUUAACAAGAUGCCUCAGUGGGCAGAGUGCGAAGAGCGACGACAGAGUAAAAAGACAGUGUGA